UGGCCCAGUCUGAUGUUGGGUUUAGAAGGUGUUUAUUAGUCUUAACCACUCCUCUGCUCCCCUGUAGGAAAGGUUAAGUGUUAAAGCUGCUGCUGAGGGGGAAGCUGGCCAUGUCACGGGUUCCUACCCCUCCUCCACCAGGGGACAUGUCUACUGGACCUGUGGCAGAGAGCUGGUGUUACACACAGGUGAAAGUAGUCAAGUUCUCCUACAUGUGGAGCAUCACCAACUUCAGCUUCUGUAGAGAGGAGAUGGGGGAGGUUUUAAAGAGUUCCACCUUCUCCUCUGGACCCAACGACAAGAUGAAAUGGUGUCUGAGAGUCAACCCAAAAGGACUAGAUGAUGAAAGCAAAGAUUAUCUGUCGUUGUAUUUACUUCUUGUUAGUUGUCCAAAAAGUGAAGUCAGAGCAAAGUUCAAGUUUUCCUUAUUGAACACUAAAAGAGAAGAGACUAAAGCUAUGGAAAGCCAAAGAGCCUAUCGGUUUGUCCAGGGGAAAGACUGGGGCUUCAAAAAGUUUAUUAGAAGAGAUUUCCUGCUUGAUGAAGCCAAUGGGCUGUUACCUGAUGACAAACUCACCCUGUUUUGUGAGGUGAGUGUGGUUCAGGACUCGGUGAACAUCUCUGGUCAGUCCAACAUGAACAUGCUGAAGGUUCCAGAGUGCCAGCUGUCAGAUGACUUGGGGAACCUGUGGCAGUGUUCCCGCUUCACUGACUGUUCCCUCUAUGUGGGGGGGCAGGAGUUCAAGGCCCACAAAUCCAUCCUGGCAGCAAGAUCCCCCGUCUUUAACGCCAUGUUUGAACAUGAGAUGGAGGAGAGUAAAAAGAACCGUGUGGACAUCAGUGAUGUGGAGCCAGACGUGUUUAAGGAGAUGAUGGGAUUCAUCUACACAGGGAAAGCUCCCAACCUGGACAAGAUGGCCGACAACCUGCUGGCAGCUGCUGACAAAUAUGCCUUGGAGCGUUUAAAGGUGAUGUGUGAAGAGGCUCUGUGCAACAGCCUCUCUGUGGAGAACGUGGCUGAUACCCUCAUCCUGGCGGAUUUACACAGUGCCGAGCAGCUCAAAGCACAAGCCAUAGAUUUUAUCAACAGGUGCAGCGUCCUCCGACAGCUGGGCUGUAAAGAUGGGAAAAACUGGAAUAGCAAGUAUGGGCACACCACCUCAUAAUAAUAAUAAUAAUAGGGAGUAUGGGCACACCACCUCAUAAUAAUAAUAGGGAGUAUGGGCACACCACCUCAUAAUAAUAAUAGGGAGUAUGGGCACACCACCUCAUAAUAAUAAUAAUAGGGAGUAUGGGCACACCACCUCAUAAUAAUAAUAAUAAUAA